CGUAUCUGAAAAUGCUGCAGCCGGCUCGGCUCCUAAAAAGUGGCGCCAAAAACCAAAAAAAUUAAAAAAUGGUGCUCAAUACUUUUGGAGAUGAAGAUGUGAAUGGUGCGCGCGCAGAAAUUAGAUUUGGCCUAGCGGAGGGAGAAGCAGAGAAACAGAUCCCACGGCGGAUGGAGUGGGGCGACGAGUGGCUCGCUCCAGACAAGCUGCAGCACGUCCUCGCCUGCCUCCUCAUCGCGCUCGCCGCUGCGGCGCUGGCCGGCCGGAGCUCCCGCCCCUUCCUCCGCCGCCACGCGCUGCCCCUCGGCUGCGCCGCCUCCCUCGCCGUCGGCGCCGCCAAGGAGGUCGCCGACGAGGCUCGGCUCUUCGGGUCCUCCGGCGCCUCGCUCCGGGACGCCGCCGCCGACCUCCUUGGCGUUGCCCUAGCCGCGGCCCUCGUCUCCCUCGUCGCCCGCCUCCGCCGACGGCGCCGCCGUGAGAAGGCGCGCGACGCCGACGGUACUGACGGCAGCAUCUCCAUGGUCUGAGAGAUUCGUCAUCCCCACCCACUACUUUUCGAUGCUAACGGGCUUUUUAUUCUCGUCGGCCCGUCUACGCCGGCCCACGUUUCCGGUCCGCGACAGGUCUUUCUCGACUGCGUGACCUUCAUGGUGUGACCUUGCCGCCGACCAACGCAGCGAA